GCGCCACGCCGGUGAGUCUAUAGCUCUUUCGGCUGUAGCGGCGUGUUUGCAAAGAGAAACUGUCUUCCGAGGAGAUUCUCGCUCUCGGACCGCGAAGCGAUGCAGACACUACCGACAUGGAGAGAGAAUGUGAGAAGUCUGUAGUCGCCGUUGUGACCGAGCCUCGGUUUACCCAGAGAUACAGAGACUAUCUCGAGAGACAGAAACUCUUGGAUAGACUGCACCGGGCCGAAAAGCUGCGGGAUGGCACGGUGGCGCUGCCGGUGCUGGCGGGAACCCUUUCUGAACAGCAUCUGCAGGAGCUGAGGAAUCGCGUGGCCCCAGGCAGCACCUGUACGCUGACGCAGCUCCUGGAUCCUCUUCCUUCUAAAAAGGCCCUGGUGUGUUCACCUGCUCAAAGACUGUGUCUUGAGGUGAGGCGUUGGGUGGAGGACCGCGGAGUGACGUGGACCGAAGAGCUGGAGGCAGAUUUGCCCCGGUCUUGGCAGCGGCAUGGUGACCUUAUGCUGCUUAGCGAAGACUGUUUCCAAGCCACACAGUGGAAAAGUCUAGAACCAGAACUCUGGGAGACUGUUGCCUCAGCCCUUGGAGUUCGGCGUUUGGCAAAACGAGGGCGGGUGUUGCCUGAUGGCGCUCGAACUCCGUCAGUGACUCUGCUGCUUGGUGACCAUGGCUGGGUAGAGCAUAUGGAUAAUGGCAUCCGGUAUAAGUUUGAUGUAACACGGUGUAUGUUCUCCUUUGGAAACGUCACUGAGAAACUGCGAGUGGCAUCUCUAGCCUGUGCUGGAGAAGUGCUGGUGGAUCUCUAUGCAGGGAUUGGUUAUUUUACAAUCCCCUUCCUAGUUCAUGCUGGUGCUGCUUUCGUCCAUGCCUGUGAAUGGAAUCCUCAUGCUGUAGUUGCUCUGCGAAAAAAUUUGGAGAUCAACGGAGUGGCAGAUCGGUGCCAAAUACACUUUGGAGACAACAGGAAACUGAAGCUCUCAAACACUGCAGAUAGGGUGAACCUGGGCCUGAUUCCCAGCUCUGAAGAAGGCUGGCCCAUUGCCUGUCAAGUGCUGCGGAAGGAUGUUGGGGGUAUUCUACAUAUCCACCAAAAUGUGGAAUCCUUCUCAGGAAAGAAUCCCCAGCCACCUAGAAGCAGCAACACAGAAAAAGAACAUUGGCCUCAUCCCCAGAAAAUCGCUGAUAAAUGGGGAAAUGGAACUACUGGGGAAGUGGUAUCAUCAGUCAGCAAACCAGAGUGGCAAAGAUGGGCAGAAUCUGCAGAAACUCAGAUCGCCUCUCUCCUUCAUCAAGUGCAUGGGAAAGUGUGGAGGACACGAAUCCUGCAUGUCCACCCAGUGAAAUCUUAUGCACCUCAUGUGGACCACAUAGUCCUAGAUCUGGAAUGCCGCCCCUGUCCUCUAGUUGGCUAGAAGUGGUAGAUUCAGGAACACAGUGGAGCCAAAUGGGCUGUAGUGCUUCAUCUGGGGUGGAGUUCUCAUCCUUUCGAUUUCUGGUGAUCUUUUUAAAUGAUCUGUGGCCUGAAAAUGAACUUUAGACCAUUCCAAAUAAAUUUAUCUUCUCGAUAAAUAAA